AUGGUUGACCGAGAGAUAAACGUGAGUCAACAAAUAUGGGCCUUACUGUGCAAGAACCUGCUUAGAAAUAAGAGAAUGAAAGGAGACACUUUUUUGGAAUUCCUUUACACUGCAAUUAUACUGUGUAGCUUAUCUGCAAUUUCUGAAAUUCAUGAAGUUUAUGAUUUUUCACAUCUGCCUAAUGUAGACCUGGGACGUAUUGACUUUUUUAAUGAUUCCAGCUUUACGAUUGCAUACACACCUGUCACCAAAACAACUGAGAGAAUAAUGAAUAAAGUCUCUUUGGCCUCCGACAUGACAGGUGGAUAUGGACGAUGGCACUCACCCUUGUAUUUCCUGAAGCCCUCAUUUUGGUCUCAACAAAAUCAAGCCCUUGACAGUGAAAUUGACUAUGAGCUUUCUGAUAACUCAUUUGAACUUGUGUCUUCAAAAUUCCAUGGGAAAGAAGCCAUCAGAAUCAGAAGUCUUACAAAAGAAUACACAGAAAAGUCCAAGCGGACAGAGGCUUUGAAAGAUCUGUCACUGGACAUAUAUAAAGGGCAGAUCACUGCAAUCCUUGACCACAGUGGAGCUGGGAAAUCAACACUGUUAAACAUCAUUAGUGGGACGUAUGUUCCCACCAAAGGUUGGGUCACUAUCUAAAAUAACAAACUCUCAGAAAAGACAGACUUUGAAAGCAUCAUCAAGCUCACUGGAGUUUGUCCACAAUGUAAUGUACAAUUUGACUUCCUCACUGUAUGGGAAAAUCUCAGGCUAUUUGCUAAGAUAAAAGGGAUUAAAAAACAUGAAGUUGAAAAGGAGGUGCAAAGAGUUUUGAUGGAAUUGGAAAUGAAAAAUACUCAGGAUACCCUUGCUCAAAACCUAAGUGGAGGGCAGAAGAGAAAGCUGACCUUUGGAAUCACCAUUUUAGGAGACCCUCAGAUUUUCCUACUGGAUGAGCCCACUGCUGGGCUGGAUCCCUUCUCAAGGCACCAAGUGUGGAACCUCCUGAAGGAGCACAAAGCAGACCGUGUGGUCCUCUUUAGCACACAGUUCAGGGAUGAGGCUGACAUUCUGGCUGACAGGAAAGUGUUCAUCUCCAAUGGGAAACUAAAGUGUGUGGGCUCAUCUCUGUCUCUGAAGGAGAAGUGGGGGAUUGGUUAUCACUUAAGCUUGCAGCUGAAUGAAACAUGUGUGCCUGAGAGAAUAACAUGGCUUGUCAAACAACAUCCCUGAUUCCAAAUUGUCAGCAAAAAGCAAAGGGAAAUGAACUACAUAUUACCCCUAGAAAGAACAAAUAAAUUUCCAGGAGCACAGAUUGAUGACUUCAUAUGCUCACUGGAGAAACAGAGCAUAUCUUUGAAAGUUGAUGCGUUUGGGAGUAGAAAUGGCAUACAAGAGACUCUCUACAAUGGAGUUAUCAUACUAUCAGGUGGUGAGAAUAAUUACCAGUUCACUUUAGCAUGUCACACCAAGAGACUAAAUUGCUUUCCGGUUCUGGUGGAUAUUGUGAGUAAUGGGCUGCUUGGACUCUUCACACCAUCCGCAUGCAUUCAAACUGACCGCAGCACAUUUCCCGAGGAUGAUAGCCACGGACCAUUUUAUUACAUGCCUUAUUUGAUCUCAUGGUUCCUUUUGAUGACCUGUGUUCCACCUUAUAUUUCCAUGACCAGCAUUGAUAACUAUAAGGACAGAGUUCAGCUUCAGCUGUGGGUUUCAGGCCUCUGCCCAUCUGCAUACUGGUUUGGGCAGGCUCUGGUUGAGGUUCCAAUCUACUACCUGCUCACUUUGUCUAUGUGUGUCGCAUUCUACGCCUUAGCCCCUCAAGAGAGUAUGCUUACAACUAGAGAUCUGUUUACUCAGGUUCUGUACGGUGGUGGUUAUGCCAUGUCAAUUAUUUUUAUGAUUUAUGUGAUUUCAUUUAUUUCUCGCAAGGGGAGGAAAAAUAGUGGCAUUUGGUCUCUUUGCUUCUAUAUUGUAAGUAUGUUUACUAUGUUUUUAUUCUUAUGGUUAAGUACUAAUACUUUUUUAAUACUUGCUGUUUUAUAUAUCCCACCCAAUACGCUGGUAGGCUGCACAAGACUACAUUUUCAGAACAUAUAAAAUUCUCCCCUAAUCUUUGAGCCAACAAGGGACUAUACCAUUCUGUUGUUCCUAGUAUCUUUCCUUCAUUUUGUCAUCUUCCUCAUUAUUCUUCGAUGUCUGGAAAGCAAGACUGGAAUGAAAACUAUGAGAAUGGAUCCUGCUUUUAGGUUUGGAGAAACCAAAUGGUGUUAUGAUUGUGGUGCCAUGUCAAAACAGAAACACAGGAAAUCCAGGGCUUCAUCUGUCACUAAGCCAGCUAUCAUUGUCAGCUGUCUUCUCAAGGAGUACAGGGGAAAGAAGAAAUGCUUUGUUUGUAAGAGCAAGAAGAAGAUAGCAACAAGAAAUAUCUCUUUCUGUGUUCGAAAAGGUUGGACACAGGUUCUGCUGAAAGGAAACAGAAGAGAGGACACCCAGGGGUUCCUGGGGUACUGUCAUCAGGAAAACGCUCUGUGGCCCAACCUAAUGGUGAGGGAACACCUGGAGAUAUUUGCUGCCGUGAAGGGGAUGAGCAAAGGCGAUGCCGCAGUGUCCAUUGCACGGUUGGCUGAUGCGCUCAAGCUGCAGGACCAGAUGAAGGCUCCCGUGAAGACAUUAUCAGAGGGAGUGAAGAGAAAGCUGUGCUUUGCGCUGAGCAUUCUGGGGAACCCGUCUGUGGCACUUCUGGAUGAGCAAUCAACGGUGAUGGACCCAGAGGGGCAGCAGCAGAUAUGGUACUCUUCUCUGAUGGUCUAUAAACUGCCCAGGGAGGGUGUGUAACAUUUAUCCUAAGCCUUCUUCAAGUUAGAGACAGUUAAACAGAGCUUUGACCUGGAGGAAUACAGCCUCUCACAGUCCACCCUGGAGCAGGUCUUCCUGGAGCUCCCCAAGGAGCAGGAGCUGGAUUGUUUUGAAAAGGAACUUGAUCCCUCAGUGAGGUGGAAGCUCCUCCCACAGGAAGAGGCUUAA